UGGCUCCACGUGCAGGCGCAGGUGAGGCUGGUCAUACGUGGUCAAGUGUGGCGGAAUCCCUGUUCGAAGCUCUCAAUAACAGCUGCUCCAAUCCUCGGUUUGCGCAACGACGCCGGCGCUCUUUGGCCUCACAACUCCUUUCUGCCGCUUGCAUGACUGAGUGACGCUCAAUUUCUAGACGCAAGCUCCAGCCCAUUGACCUCGCAACUGCGAGCGCCUGUUUGCCGCCAUGGGUGAUGUUGCGAAGCUUUAUGAGCCAGUAGUGCCUGAGUUAACAGAGGAAAUCCUCCACGAGUCGAUUGAUGCCCGAACGGAGUCGCUAGCAACACUACGAGAGCUGGGCCCGCCGGACCUGGUGCAUCUCUUGAAGCAGUCCACGCGCGAUUCGCGGAAGCAGACCGGCGUCUACCAUCAUGUCACCGGUGUAGAUGCGUCGUCUUCAGCCAGUCUGGCACCCUAUAUCAAUACUCUGGCGUACGGGGACCAUGGCCCGAACGCAGUCAGCAGGACCGUUGCGGGUGUGUUUUGCUGCUACAAUGCCUUUUCAAGAUUGGACAUGCGCGUGCACGUGUCUUACCCCGGAACGGUCGAGAGCUAUUGCGUUGACGAGCGAGGCGACAAGCGAAAGGCUUCGGAUGAGUUGUGGCUGGAGACAUAUCUUUGCAGUGUUUUAAGGGCUUAUUCAUAUGCCGAUGAUGGCAGCGGGAGCAGUAUUCGCAAAAUCGUUGGCGUCCGAAGAUUCAACCCUGUUACAAAGACCGAAACCGAGCAUCGCUUCCUUAAUGCGGCCGAACAGCUCUUCUUCAGGGGUUGGCAAUUGGGAUCUGACUCCAUCGUCCAAGUUCCCACGAAUGUAUCAAAUCAUCUCACUACUGGGCUGCUCAAGUACCUCGACACAACGGGUCGUUAUGCAUCUGGGAUCAAUCUUUUUGAGAAGCUUCGUACUCAGAGUGUCGAAGUCGCCUCUUUGCUGGCAAAGGUGCUUUUCAUGGGUAGCGAGGAAGUUUUGGGAGUAAAAAUUCUGUACGAAUCUCUUCAGCAGACUCCGAUGGAUUACGUUAUGCUUGACACUCAGGCAGAAUACCUGCUAAAGAAAGCCCAAAAAGCCGACACACCAGAGGUGAAAGAGGAGAGACUGAAAAUGGCUCUUGGAUGUGCUGACCGCAGCACGAUAGCUGCUCCGAGCGAGUUUAGUACUUGGGCCCGAUUGGCCCAGGUAUACGUUGCGAUGGAAGACUGGGAAAACGCCUUGACUACACUCAACUCUUGCCCCAUGUUUACCUACCAAGACAAGGAUUCUCCCAUGAUGCCCGAGCCGCGGGAUUUUCACCUCCCUAUUAUGGCCGAGACUCGCCUUGACGAGAUUGACAGCGAGCUCGAGUCAAGAUACUCGGAGCAAGUCGAUCCGAGCCUGUUGGGCCUGAGGGCGGCGUCUUACCGCGGCACGUUUAAGAAAGCGUACGGCAUCUUGACAGAAAUGACGGCCAAGAUCGGCUGGGACCAGCUUCUCAAGAUACGCAGCAACGUUUUCGUCAUGGAAGAUGAAUACCGCACCGAGAAGCAAGAAGCUACCCAAGCUGCUCAGCCAAAACGCACGCCGAGUAUGGACGGCCUCAGGGGCACGCCAGACCCUACCACCAAUGGAGACGAAGGUUCAGAUGAUGAAGGCGAGAAAUCUGCCGAGGCCGCAACUACACUGGCUCCCAAUGGAGAGGGCAGUGGAGUUGAGAGACCUUCCAGCACAGCUGACCCAGAAGAGGUCAAGGCCGAUACAACUGAAAACGGCACCCACGCUGAUGACCACCUCUCCAAACUUAAUACGAAACGGCUGUGUGAGCGUUGGCUCGAUAGCUUGUUCAUGGUCCUGUACGAAGAUUUGCGUGUGUACACAAUCUGGCGCACGCAAAUGGCUCAGUAUCGCGCCCAGCAAAUGCAAUACAAGAAAUCGGCGGAAGAGUGGGAGAUUCUUGGCUCGCUCGCGGAGCGACUGCAGCACUUUGACGAAGCGGCCGAGGCAUACCGAGCUUGUCUUUCCCUACGCUUCAGCCCCAUAGCCUUGGCCGGCGUAUUGCGCGGCUUUGAGAAGGCCAAGAGCACGAGAGACACGGUGGCCGCCUUGAUGAGACUUGUCACCUGGCAGUAUAGGCGGUACAGCCAGUUCAGCCCGGAGCUGCUGCGCACCAUCCGCAUAUUGAUCGAGGACGAGGGAGCCAUGAAGGUGAGGAGCAUUGUUCAGACAAGAGGCCUGCCGCAACCUGUGAUUGAUUUGACACACGGCUGGACGGCUCUAUUCACCAAUUUCCAUAGCAAUGGAACAGAUAGUUAAGGGGCUACAGAAUUGGUUGCAAGGCAGUGCUGGCUAGGGUUAUCGAUUUGGGGGUUAUGUGUGAUUCAAAAAGCAUGUUUUAAAGUUGAUACUUUUCUAGCGAUUAGUAGGCAGCCGGAGGUUUGUAGUGGAGUAUCGAUAAUAUCAAUAUCAGUAAUUGUGC